AUGCUUUUUGCAAGUUUUGAUCUCGUCUCGGCACUGGCUACCCUCGCCGCGUGUUUGGUGUCACUGACUUUGCUGCUGGCCGUGUCCCAACAGCUGUGGCAGCUCCGCUGGGCUGCCACCCGCGACAAAACCUGCAAGCUACCAAUCCCUAAAGGCUCUAUGGGAUUCCCUUUAAUCGGAGAAACCUUCCACUGGCUCCUGCAGGGUUCCUGCUUCCAGUCUUCACGGCGGGAGAAGUAUGGGAAUGUUUUCAAGACGCACUUGCUGGGGCGGCCGCUGGUGCGGGUGACAGGCGCGGAGAACGUGCGGAAGAUCCUGAUGGGGGAGCAUCACCUGGUGAGCACCGAGUGGCCGCGCAGCACCCGCAUGCUGCUGGGACCCAACACCGUGGCUAACUCCAUCGGCGACAUCCAUCGCCAUAAGAGGAAGGUUUUCUCCAAAAUCUUCAGCCAUGAGGCACUGGAGAGCUAUCUUCCCAAGAUCCAGCUGGUGAUCAAAGACACUCUUCGGGCCUGGAGCAGCAACCCUGAGUCCAUCAACGUCUACCACGAGACCCAGAAGCUCACCUUCCGCAUGGCUAUCCGAGUCCUGCUGGGCUUCCGCAUCCCUGAUGAGGAACUCAAUCGCCUCUUCGAGGUCUACCAGCAGUUUGUGGAGAAUGUCUUCUCCUUACCUGUGGAUCUGCCCUUCAGUGGCUACAGGAGGGGCAUCCGGGCACGUGAGACGCUGCAGAAAGGGCUGGAGAAAGCCAUCCAGGAGAAACUGCAGAACACGCAGGGCAAGGACUACGCUGAUGCGUUGGACAUCCUGAUAGAAAGCGGCAAGGAGCACGGCAAGGAGCUAACCAUGCAGGAGCUGAAGGAUGGCACCCUGGAGCUUAUCUUUGCCGCUUACGCUACCACCGCCAGUGCCAGCACCUCUCUGAUCAUGCAGCUCCUCAAACACCCUCAGGUCUUGGAGAAGCUGCGGGAGGAGCUGCGCAGCAAGGGCAUCCUCCACAAUGGCUGCAUCUGUGAGGGCUCCCUCCGGCUUGACAAUAUCAACAGCCUCCACUACCUGGACUGCGUCAUCAAGGAGGUGCUUCGCCUCUUCACCCCCAUCUCCGGGGGGUACCGCACAGUGCUGCAGACCUUUGAGCUGGAUGGUUUCCAAAUCCCCAAAGGCUGGAGUGUGAUGUACAGCAUCCGGGACACCCACGACACUGCUCCUGUUUUCAAGGACGUGGACAUCUUUGACCCUGACCGUUUUGGCCAGGGUCGGAGUGAAGACAAGGACGGCAGGUUCCACUACCUCCCCUUUGGAGGGGGUGUACGGACCUGUCUGGGCAAGCACCUGGCCAAGCUCUUUCUCAAGGCGCUGGCCAUCGAGUUGGCCAGCACCAGCCGCUUCGAGCUCGCCACCAGGACUUUCCCCAAAAUCACCUUGGUGCCCGUGGUCCACCCUGUCGAUGGACUCAAGGUCAAAUUUUUUGGACUGGAUUCCAACCAGAACGAGAUUCUGACGGGGACAGAUGCCAUGCUGGGGGCGACGGUGUAA